AUGGCGCCUCCUACACGCUCUCACAAAGAAUAUUUAGUCGCGUGGAUCUGUGCCUUGCCGUUGGAAAUGGCAGCUGCGAAGGCUAUGCUCGAUGAGACUCAUUCUCCUCUAUCGCAGCCACCCGCCGACCACAAUACGUAUACCCUCGGUAGCAUGGGUGAUCAUGCAGUGGUGAUCGCUUGUCUGCCAUACGGGGUUUACGGCACUACAUCUGCAGCAACCAUGGUUGCAGAGAUGCGAUCCACAUUUCCAUGCCUCCAGUUUGGGUUGAUGGUCGGCAUCGGAGGUGGGGUCCCCAGCAAGCACGCUGAUAUACGACUUGGUGAUGUGGUAGUAAGCAAACCAUCUGCCACCUCCGGUGGUGUGAUACAGUACGACUACGGGAAAACCGUUCAUGGUGGGCGUAUCGAACGAACGGGGUCGCUUAAUAAACCGCACCCGACUCUAUUAACGGCCAUGGCGAACAUCGAGAGCAACCGUAUAUUGGGGAAGGAUCCAAUAAUAGGCAUCGUACAUGACAUAGUGAAAAUGGAUGAGGAAGCUCAGAAGAGAUUUCGUCAACCCGAGCAUGACUGGCUCUUUGAUGCCGCAUAUAGCCAUGAAGGCCACAACUCUGACUGUGUAGCAUGCGAUCAGAGCCAGUUAAUACCACGUGAGGCUCGAGUCACUGAUGGACCAACCAUUCAUUACGGUUUAAUUGCAUCCGGAAACCAAGUGAUGAAGGACGGGAAGACGCGAGACCGGAUUGCUGCACCUCAAGGGAUUCUCUGUUUUGAGAUGGAGGCUGCCGGACUGAUGGAUCAACUCCCAUACUUGGUCAUCCGAGGCAUCUGUGAUUACUGCGAUUCUCAUAAGAACAAGCACUGGCAAGGUUACGCUGCUUUGACGGCUGCGGCAUACGCCCGAAACUUAUUAUCCGCGGUUUCUGGUAUCACGUCAAUGCGCGACGUGGAAGCUAGGAAACGAGUUUGGAUGGUUCCAUUUCCACGGAAUCCUCGUUUUGUUGGCCGCCAAGAUCAGAUGACUAGACUAGAGAACCUCAUGUCGAUGUCUUAUGGUCCCAUGAAAAUAGCUCUUACUGGAUUGGGAGGCAUGGGUAAAACUCAGAUUGCAUUAGAGCUGGCAUAUCGAAUGCGAGAUGGAGACGACAAAUGUUCAGUCUUUUGGAUUCCGUCGGUGAGCCAAGAGAGUGUGGAACAGGCAUAUAUGAGCAUCGCUCAACAUCUCCGGUUGCCAGAUGCCAAUCCAGCAGAUGUGAAAAUGCGCGUGCAGUCGUAUUUAAGCCAUGAGAGAGCGGGGCGGUGGCUUCUAAUCUGCGAUAAUGCAGAUGAUAUGGACAUGUGGGUGUCUCGAGAUCGUACGACCCCGUUGACGGCACUGAGUGCAUUCCUUCCACAGAGCGACCACGGCUGCAUUCUCUUCACAACACGUAAUCGAAAGCUGGCUCAGAAGUUGGCACCGUCCCAUGUUAUUCCUCUUCACGAAGUCGAUGAAGAAACCGCGAAGGAAAUUCUAAUGCAAUCACUCUUACGACCGGAGCUACUUAGUGAAACUACUAUUAAAAUCACUGCUCUUCUGCGGCAGCUUACAUUUCUUCCACUAGCCAUCACGCAGGCAGCAGCCUAUAUCAACGCGAAUGGCAUUGAACUUUCCGACUAUAUCGAGCUUCUCCAGGAGCAAGAGCAUGAUGUCAUUGAGCUCCUGAGCGAAGACUUCGAGGAUGAAGGGCGCUAUGCCGAAACCCAGAAUCCAGUUGCCACUACAUGGUUGGUCUCUUUUAAUCAGAUCCAGCGCCUAGAUUCUCUUGCAGCGGAUUAUCUAUCAUUUAUGGCGUGUAUUGAUCCGCGUAAUAUUCCACAAUCGCUUCUUCCUCAUGCUACAUCUCAAAAAAGAAAAAUCGACGCCCUUGGUCUCCUUAAUGCCUAUUCAUUCACUACUUCACAAAGCGACGGUUCACUGAUUCUUCACCGGUUGGUUCAUCUUGCCACGCGGAGUUGGCUUCGAAAAAAUGCCUUGCUUCAUACUUCAGCACGGAGAGCGGCAGAUAGCCUAGAAGAAGUUUUUCCCGAUGAUGACCAUCAAAACCGAUCUCUAUGGCGCAAAUAUCUUCCCCACGCCCUGUUUCUAAUGCAACAACAUAAUUUGAGAGAUGUUACAGGCGGAUAUAUUGAUUUAAUGGAAAGGAUUGGAGCCUGUCUUUAUAGUGAUGGGAGAUAUAAUGAAGCUGAGGUUUUUUUCCGCGAUACACUGCACAUUCAUCAGGGAAAGAAUGGUAAAAAUCAUCCCUCAACUUUGGUCAGCAUGGCCAACCUCGCAUCGACAUACCGGAAUCAGGGCAGAUGGGAUGAAGCUGAGAAGCUGGAGGUGCAAGUCAUGGAGAAAUCAAUGACCGUGCGGGGAGCAGAGCAUCCUAACACUCUAAACAGCAUGAUGAACCUGGCAUCAACCUACUGGAACCAAGGCCGAUGGAAUGAAGCUGAGAAGCUGGAGGUGCAAGUCAUGGAGAAAUCAAUGACCUUGCUGGGAGCUGAGCAUCCUGACACUCUAACCAGCAUGAUGAACCUGGCAUCAACCUACCAGAGUCAGGGUCGAUGGAAUGAAGCUGAGAAGUUGGAGGUGCAAGUUAUGGAGAUAUCAACAACUGUGCUGGGAGCUGAGCAUCCUGACACUCUAGCUAGUAUAGCGAACAUGGCAUCAACCUACCGGAAUCAGGGUCGAUGGAAUGAAGCUGAGAAGCUGGAGGCACAAGUCAUGGAGAAAUCAAUGUCCGUGCUGGGAGCAGAACAUCCCUCCACUCUAACAAGCAUGACGAUCCUCGCCUUUACUUGGAAAGAUAUUGGAAAGCAACAAGAUGCUAUUUUAUUGAUGAGUCAGUGCAUCCAGUUAUGCAGGAAGUACUUGGGACCUGACCAUCCAAACACUAUUUCGUCAAUAAGAGCUCUCAACGAGUGGCAAUCCAUGGAUAUUACUUCAUCUAACAACUGUUCAGAGUCCAUGAGGCCACCAAAAGGCAAAAGUCAAAGUCCGUCAAGAAUUAUUCCUUCAGAAGCGCAAUCACAACCGCCUUCAUUACCAACCAGACAGAGGAAACGUGAGAUCUUCUCAAGGCUUCUUGGCAAAUUUUGA